GCCACUCAGGAAGAUCCUCAGAUCACUUUCUCGACAUGCACCUCGCUGCAGUUUAACGGGGAAAAUACGGACUUACUGAACACAAUAACGACAAAGUUCCCCGCGGGACCACCCGACGGAGACUCGAAGCAGUGUUAUUAUAUUAGUGCAAUUAGUGUGCUUAAUCAUCAUCAGCCCAUUGCUAAUGGCUGCUGAGCUGCAGAGUCUUAUGUAAAAGGAUUACACCUCUUAAGACAAUAACUGUCACCGGGAGAAACACUGAUGGGGCACUAAUACUCCGGAGGUGUCCGAUUAUGCGUCAGCCUGGCGGGUUUGUGCGCGUCUGUCCGAGCUCCUCCGGCCCGACACGGCAGGUAAGGCCCUCAUUCGUUGUUUACUUUAGUUUAAAAGGUUUAAACAAUGGCACGAUGCUGUUUCACAUGUGUGUGUGUAACUUUUCAAAGUAUCUGCAGGAAUCCGUUGGGACUGAAACAAGACGCGUUGCCAUGUUACCAAGAUGCGUAAACAAUGUCAACAAGUAUUCAAUAGGUUCAGUUAGUUAGUUAUGGAUGAUGAAUUAAACUUUACAAUUUGUUUAACAUGUUGUAUCGCUGUCCGUGGUGCUAAAUGAUAGAAAAACUCCUUCAACAACAACGUCUCUUUUGUUGACAUAUUCUACUUUAUCUUAAUUUUAUUCAAGGUUAUAGGUCAUUACUGUAUCAACAUGAGUUUGAGUUGCUAUUAUCCCAGCUGGAACUUCUGACAUCUCAUUACUCAUCGCGGCAUAUAAUCCUCACAACAGAUAUCCAUUUAAUUAAACAUGACCCGAGGGGAAUCACCACGCACCGCUGACCCCUCUGCAGACCGGCCGGCAGCCUCUCAGCUGAAGCACCAUGUAGAUGGAGAUGGAUUUAGAGGCUGCAAAGGAAACCAGUGGAUUACACUUAUUUCACCUACAAAAGGAAAGGUCCACAGUUCAAACAUGGAGCCCUACUUUUUGCACUUGUUUUGAAAUGAAUAUAUAGUUUUUUUUAUUCCGUUGUGUUGAGAUUAUGUAGAACUUUUUCUACGUCACAUUUUUGAUUUUGGAUGUUCUCUUUUUAUACGCUUUAUCUAUGGCCUGGAACUGUUUUUAAUGAGGAUGGGGGAUGUUACCUAGACUGUUUUACAACAACUGAUAUCAGUCACUUUGGACCAGCAAAAGCGAAACUCCAGUUCCCCACCCAAAUUGUUCCUCGCCUCAAUUCGCCAACUCGCCCUGCUGCACCAAUUCCAUCCUGACCGUGGACCACAGGUAUCCUCCUGCCUGGAUGACUAAUGGAGGAAUUGCCAGACACGUAGCAUGGCUAGCUCCUCUCACGCCUCAGGCUCUAGGGAGAUGACAAAGGGAGGGGGGCACCCCCACUCAAACCAUGCCGGGGGCUCCCACAGCACUACGCGCUACUUGCUGAAGAAACAGCACCACCACAGAAGCAGGUCCUCCUCGCCGAUGGGCAGAGUCAUUCUCAUCAAUGUACCUGUUGAUGGAGGAGAUGAAAGUGAAGACAUUCACGCAGUGACAGUCGACAAGAGCCCAGAUGGGCGUCUGGGCUUCAGUGUCCGCGGGGGCUCUGAACAUGGACUCGGUAUAUUUGUCAGCAAGGUGGAGGAUGACAGCUCAGCAGCGCUGGCCGGGCUGUCCGUGGGCGAUAAGCUGGUGGAGGUGAACGGGGUCAGCCUGGAGAGCAUCACCAUGAGCAGCGCUGUGAAGGUCCUGACAGGCAACAAUAGGCUGCGGAUGGUGGUGAGACGGGUGGGCAAGAUCCCCGGCAUCCGCUACUCCAAGGAGAAGACCACAUGGGUGGACCUGAUUCACCGGCGGAUGGUGGUGGAGGAGAGCGGGCGAACACCGUCAGAGGCCAGUUCAGACAGCGCUCUCCGCAGGAUCGUACAUCUCUUCACCACCUCGGAUGACUACUGUUUGGGCUUCAACAUUAGAGGAGGCAAAGAGUUCGGACUGGGGAUUUAUGUUUCUAAGUUGGACCCGGGCGGACUUGCAGAGCAGCACGGCAUCAAGAUGGGCGAUCAAAUCAUGGCGGCCAACGGGGUCAGCUUCGAUGACAUCACCCAUAGCAAUGCAGUCGAAGUCCUGAAGAGCCACACUCAUGUCAUGUUGACCAUCAGGGAAGCUGGCAGAUACCCUGCGUACAAGGAGAUGGUGGCAGAAUAUGGCUGGCUCGACAAUUUGAUCAAUGGGGGCCUUGCGCCAUCCCCCCAGGCUUCAACCUCAAACUCCUCUGCUUCCUCGCUGUCCUCCAGCACCCCUCUCAGCUCCCUCAGUGGUCUCUCCCAGGUCCUUUUCCCACAAGUCUUUGGGUCCGAGAUGGUAGACGUCGCAAUCGCCACGGAGGGACGAUCCAGACGUCAAAGCAGCGCAGAGCAAACGGCCGACACCGCCAUACAGACCGACCCCUUCCCUCCAAACCACCCAAACCACCCCUCAACUAAUGGGUCGUACCGCGCUGUAGGCGCCACGUUGCUGCUGAAGGACACCGUCAUACGAGGGAAAGGGGAAGGCCCGAGGGAGACGGGAGGACGUGGAGACGGAGGGCACCAAGAGGCAGUGAAACACUCACCUAAGACGGCAGCACUGAUGGCCCUGAGCAGACCACGGAAGCCGAUCAGACGUUCCCAGAGCCACAUCACCGUGUCAGAGGACAGUCAAAAAAAGAAGAGAAAACAGAAGGAGAAGAGCUCUGGAGAGGGUGAAACCGGCCUGCAGCGAUCGAAAACCUUUGUCAACCUUUUCUUCAAGAAAGACCGUAAAGAUAAAAGCCGCUCCAAGUCUCCGUCCCAUUCCCACAAAGAUAAGGAGCGGGGUCGUCCUUUCCAGCUCUUGACCUCCCCGAGGGAAUCCCGUGCCGGAGUUAAAGACGGCAGUCUGCCGCCGCGCCCGGAGACACUGCAGCACGUGGAAGACAUGGCGAAGAAACUGCUCACCCAGGAUGAGGUGGCGGCUGUGAUGAGACACUGCCGGCGGUUUUUGUCCGACAUUGUGAUUGAGGAUUUGGUGCGUCCCAUUCUGGCAAUCUUGGACAAGCCAGAGAAACUGCUACUUCUCAGAGAAAUAAGGAUGCUGAUACCUACUACCGAGCUGGGUCAAUUUGACAGCAUGGUCAUGCCCUUUGAGCUAGAGGCGUACGACAUCCUCAAAAGUCGCUCUGUUCGUUCUCCAGCUCUCCGCUCCCCUCGCAGAGGAACCCCCCGACGUCACCUCAUCACCCCGAUUCCAGACUGCAGGGGUGGGUUCCACCUCCAACCGGUCCAGGACAAACUGCGGGAGUUUCAGCUGAUCGAGGAGUUGGACAGAUUACGUUUGUCCAGCCAUCAGUCGGGCCAUCUGCCCCCAUCGCGCGCUUUCACGCCUCUGCUGGACGUGCCCGUGGACCACCACGGCUCUGCGUACGUGCGCCCCCGCUCCCUGAGCCCCUUACCAACCCGCGGCCUCCACCCCAGCCAAUCACCUCACAACGCUCAGCGCGGGCGGCAAACCCGAAGGGAGAACGAGGUGCAGCAGCACGACAAGACGUCCUCGUUGUCGGUGUCCGACCGAGGAGAUGCGGCGCCCCAACGAGGGAGGUCGCCUGAGAGGAACGGGCACGGGAGGGCGAGGAGGGAGUUGAGUCCCGACAGCGUGCAUGGUGGACGCCGCCGGCAGGAGGGCUACACGGAGGUCAGCGUGCGCGUGCCUUCACAGCGGCGAGGGAGACCCCCUGUGGAGGAUUUGUUUCAGGCACCGAGAGACCGGAGUCCAUCUACAGGCAGAGAGAGCAGUCAGCGGCUAAAUGGACAUUCACAACACGGUGUUAAGAGAAGAGCAGCUCGGCCAUCUGCAAGCUAUGAAAUCAACACUUUGACCAUCUCUAAGGCCAAGCAGUCACUGGGUAUUAGUGUAUCUGGAGGUAUGGAGUCUAGAGUCCAGCCCAUGAUAAAGAUUGAGAAGAUCUUCCCAGGUGGAGCUGCAUCUACGAAUGAGGCUCUCAAGGCAGGGGAUGAGCUGUUGUCGGUGGACGGCGAGAGUCUGCAAGGAGUGACUCAUCAGCACGCAGUGGAUGUGAUUCGCAGAGCGUUCAGCAACAAGGCCAAAGACCCGAUGGUUUUUGUAGUCAAGGUCUCCAAGGUCCCCACCACCACCACCACCCGCCCCAGGAGACCUGCAGACUAACCUUUCGUGUGCCUCACAGUCAGACUGCAGUUCAGGCAUGAACGACACAAAAACCUGCAACUGCUGCAGGAGUGAAUGAACUAUGGGGUCUACUCCAAAAGAGAAGAUAUUGAAGGAAAGGAUGCACAGAAGCAUUUAUCCUAUAUAACGCAGAGUUAUAACCGUAAAUAUAUCAAAGGGAAAGGUGGACAUGUUGAAAUAGUUUUAUUUGUUUAUACAGUUUAACAUUACUGAUCACUUUUGCUACUUUUUUUGCUUUGUUUUUACUAAAUGCACAUAUUGCACAUUAACUGGAUCUUGUAUGUUUGACGGUAAGAUAACGUGGUUCAUGAACUCCUCUUUGGUUAAAGUUGUGCAGCUGACACCAGGCAACCUUGGCAUGACCUCUGCUGAUUGUGGAGCCGGUGUUCUGCCCUUUUCAGCUGGAGCAUCUCAGUCCUGCAGCCCCGCAGGCCUGCCAGAGGGAGAUUAUCUCAGCCUGUGUUAUGAGAUUUAGAGAUUUAUACCCAGAUUAAAACUCUGUAUUAUGUCAAAAACUGAUAGUUUGGGUUCAGUGGAUGUCUGGGGGGAUUAUUACAAAUGCUGCUCAGUAUUUGGUGCUGCAUGAUUCUGGCAGAAGUGCUCGUGCUCUGGAGCAAUCCGCCACUUUAGAGGCUUAAUUACACCAUGCUGUGGCCUGAGCUUAUGCAGGCAUGUGGAGGAGUUGGAAAAACAUCUCAAUGAGAAAUGCGGGACAUGAAGGCCAGUGGCACAAUUUAAAUCAAAGUAGAGCAGAGGAGAUAUGGGCUGCUAGUUAACUGGAAUCCGUGUGCAUAGUGCCUUCCUUCUGCAGAUGGCCAGUGUGAGAAAAGAGAAUGAAUAAAUGAAAGAAGGUCAAGGCCUUUGAGUUACAACUAAGUGCUAAAAAUUUAAAUUCAAUUCAAGACUCACACAAGUUAAAUCAAGAGUAAAUUUAAGGUGUGACAACUUGUUUUUUAAUUAAAAACACUUGUACAAGAAAUGUACACAUAAAAAUAUACAUGGAUAACUACCUACAUGAAUUACUGAAGACACAAUGUAAGUUAACACUUAAAAAAUGCACACAAAAUUAUGAGAAAAAAAGAGAAGAAAAUGUGUUACGUUGCUUUGGUCUAGUCACAGUGGCUACAUUUGAUAUAGAUAUUUUGUCUAAAUAAAAGACAAAGUCACUCUGUUAUACUAUUUAGUGUUUUACAUAUU